GACUGUUUUUCCCGACGUCAUAUAUAAAUGUCCCACUGACUCCUGCUGAGGACUUUCACGUCAGUUCGUUGGCUGCUUUCUCUUUCGCACACCACAGCAAAGGAAAGAAGGCGAGGACAUGUUGAACCAGGUCUUCUUCGCCCUGCUCGGCCUGAGCCUCGGGCUGGUAAACGCCUUCCCCUCGCAGGACCCAGACGGGGGCAAGAACUGGGUGGUUAUCGUAGCUGGCUCCAAUGGCUGGUACAACUACAGACACCAGGCUGAUGCUUGCCAUGCCUACCAGAUUGUGCACAAGAAUGGCAUCCCGGAUGAGCAGAUAGUGGUCAUGAUGUACGAUGACCUGGCAAAAAAUGAGGAAAACCCCACCCCUGGGAUAGUGAUCAACAGGCCGAAUGGCACAGAUGUGUACAAAGGAGUUCCUAAAGAUUACACUGGAGACGAUGUGACCCCACAAAACUUCCUGGCAGUGCUGAAGGGAGACUCCUCAAACGUCAAAGGUGGCUCUGGAAAGGUUUUGAAGAGCGGCCCCAGCGACCACGUGUUUGUGUACUUUACCGACCACGGGGCGCCUGGUAUUCUGGCCUUUCCCAAUGAUGACCUCACCGUGGACGAUCUCCAAAGCACCAUUACAUACAUGCACGAAAAUAAGAAAUACAAAAAGAUGGUGUUGUACAUCGAGGCCUGCGAGUCCGGCUCAAUGAUGGAACACCUGCCUGCUGACAUUGACGUGUACGCCACCACCGCCUCCAACUCGCACGAGUCCUCUUACGCCUGCUACUAUGACGAGAAGAGGGACACGUACCUGGGAGACUGGUACAGUGUCAACUGGAUGGAGGACUCCGAUGUGGAGGACCUGACAAAAGAAACUUUGGUGAAGCAGUUCAAGAUCGUAAAGAGCCACACAAACACCAGCCACGUCCAGCAGUUUGGAAACAAGACGAUGGCCCACAUGAAGGUCAUAGCGUUUCAGGGUAACCCCAAGGCCAGCAGCCAGACUGCUCCUCCGAUGACCCUGCAGCCAGUUAAGAAUCUGGAUCUGACCCCGAGCCCUGACGUUCCUCUGGCCAUCCUCAAGAGGAAGAUGAUGGCCUCCAAUGACAUCAGAGUUGCAAGAGGGCUGCUGAUGGAGAUCAACUCCCACCUCAAGGUCAGGGAGGUGCUGGCUGAGACUAUGCGCCGGGUGGUUGAGAGGGUGACCGGCAACAAGCUCAAGGCCGACGAGGUUCUCAACGAGCGAGCCGAACUCUCCCAGCAUCAGUGCUACAAGGCUGCAGUCGACCACUACAAGCACAACUGCUUCAACUGGCACAGAACUGAGUAUGAAUACGCUCUGAGACAUCUGUACGCUCUGGUGAACCUGUGUGAGAGAGGAUACUCUGCAGACCGCAUCCAGCUCGCCAUGGACUCAGUGUGUCAUUACAGCAAGUAAAAAUCCAUGAACGUCUCCCAUCAAACUGCUUCUUCCACGUGUCAUGGCCCGGGAAGGCGGAGCUUCUCUUUGCACUGCUAAAGAACCAAUCUGUCGUGGAGUUGACGUUAUUGUUUUGUCAACACACUAACACGUUUCUUUUUUUACUUGUGAUGUUUUUUUGAUUUUACUGAGAACUUUUAAACUUGUUUUAUGAUGAGUUUGCACUAUCACUGUGAAAGGCUUGUGGAUGAUAUUAUACUGCUUUUGAUUAUUUUUAGAAUGUAGGAUUGACAAUUAUAGCAUGAAAUUCAUGUUAAUUUAUUUUGCUCAUAGCUGUAUUUGUGGUAUGGACCACCUGGCAUGAAUGGUUGAUUGAGAUGUAAAGGACGUCCCACUGAUGUUGAAUGUUUCUUGAACUUCAAGAGACUUUGUAACACAGGAAUCUUGAAAUAAAUCGGAAAGACCAAAACUGCUAUAAAAAUUAAAAGACUUGUGAAA